AUGGCAAAGAGGCAGCAGAGGGAGAAGCGGCAGAAGGAGAGGCAGCAGAAGGAGAAGCAGCAGCAGAAGGAGAAGCAUUGGAAGGAGGAGGACGGGGCAACCCCGCAGACGAGGCCAACCCAACAGGGGAGUAAUCCUAAGCACACAUACAAAAACAGGAACGCAGAAAAACACGAACAAGAAAUAAAGGGAUGCGAAGCAGACAACACAGUGGGUCGCAUCCGAGAGAGUUUCACAAAUGAAAGAGACGCAAAGGAGUGCCCCCCCGCAGUCGUUGCCAUGCGGAUCUGUAAGAAGGACGUGCCACAUGAUCAUCACUACGAGAAGGGGGCAUUACAGAUGAGGAAAGCGAACUGUUCGUGUGACACAAAGUACGCAGGUGAAUACACUAAUGAGAGAAGCUUUGCUCCCCUGGAAGAGGAAGCGGAAGAGGAAGCGGGUCGGAUAAGGCACACCAGAAAGGAAGCCAACCGUGCGGGUAGUCCAUCCGCAGGGGGGAAUAAUCAACUCUGCGAUGAGAUGUACCGGGGUGAAUUCCUCUCCGGGAACGUAAGCGGUUCAAACGUGUUAAAUCGAUUAACCGACUUGCUCAAGCGCUGCGAUGGUGUAGAAUGUGCAACCCCAGUUGUUACGGACCCGAACGAAGGCCAGAACCCAGGAUGCCGAUGCCCCUCGAAACGGGCCCAUGUCGUAAAAAGGGGCACUACUUACCACAGGGAAGAAAAUAAAAAGAGGAACACCCCCAGUUGGGGCGACCCACAUGGUACUCCACUUAACGAAUAUCCUCACAAAAGGAAAAAAAAUGUAUCGCACUUUUGCACACAAAACUGUGAAGACAAAGCGGAGGAAAGCUCACUAGUAGGAAGGGACUCACCAAACGGGUUCUCCCCUACCCAUGGUGAGGGAAAGGAUCGUGCCGUCAUUCCGAGCAAGUACGUUCAGACGGAUCAUUUACAUAAGGUUAAGCCAAUCGGUGGAGUAUCCAUGACGGCUACCCCCUUUCCAUUAUAUCAUGGCUCCUUGGAUGAGCUCAACCUCAGUAUGGCAUCCCCUGUAGAGGGUGCUAUAGAAGAGACGUCUGAACUCGCGAGGGGCACGCCUGCUAGGAAGCCCUCCUUUGACGAGAGCUCCAGCGAUGAGGAUUCGCUCUCGGAGGAAAACUUACCAUGCGGAGCAGGGCACUGGAUGGGGAACCGACCCGAGAGGUGCACCUGCCCGUCGAAGAGGGGCACCUACCCGUCGAAGAAGUACACCUACCCGUCGAAGAAGCACACCUACCUGCUGAAGAGAUACACCUACCUGCGGAAGGGCCAGGCCUACCCGUGGGAAAUUCCCACCUACCCGUCGAACGUAUGGGCGGCGAAACGCAUGGAGGUGGCGUUAUCCGAGGGAGGAACCUCAAAUGGCAAAGGAGUAGUGGACCGAUGCGACAACGAAAGUGACGUAACGGCCGCGUCAGAUGUGCAAGAAGGGGAUGCGAUUCGGAACAGAUUAAUGAAUAGUCGACCCAUGGGUCAGGGGAGUUUGUCCCCCUUGGGGGGAGAGCAAUUGCAGAAGGGGGAGAAGAGGAGCAGCAACGAUAAGAAGAAGAAGAAGAGCAGCAACAGUAAGAAGAACAACAACAGGAACGACAACAACUACUACAGGAACGACGGAAUGGCUAGCCGGGGGGGGUCCAUUUUGAGCGAGGAGCUACCCCAGGAGUGCCUGGACAGUAUGCUGAAGACAAAUGAGGACAUAACGUUGGGAGGGGGUGGCAGUCGCGGCGGUGGUGGCAGCAGCAGCGGUGGUGGCAGCAGCAGCGGUGGUGGCAGCAGCAGCGGUGGUGGCAGCAGCAGCGGUAGUGACAGUCGCAGCGGUAGUGACAGUCGCAGCGGUAGUGACAGCCGCAACAGCAGUGACAGUCGUAGCGGUAGUGCCUCGCGCAACGGCAGUGCCUCCCGCAACGGCGAGGGGAAUGAAGACGAAAACGUGCACCCAGAAGUGGCGGUGAUGGAGAGACACAGCAGCAUCUUAGUGAACAGAGGGAUCCGGACGAAGAAGUGCGUAGAUUACUCACUGUACAACACGUACGCCAAGUCCUCCUUCCUACAGUGUGCAGAACAAGCAGAUAAUCAUUUCAUAGGGAAUUAUUUAGAUAGAUAUAACGAUGAAAAUUUUCAACAUUUGAGACAGAAAGUGAAGUUAUGUCUCUCUAGGACAUUUGCUAAUUUAAAAACGACAAGCGAAACGUGUGUACUCCAUUUCACUAAUCUUAUAUUCGAUCUGUAUAUAAGUAGAUUCAAUUCGAAGAAUGAGAUUAUUGAAAGCAUAAUCAACGAUAUCGUCACAGAGGAGAAGCAAUUCUCAGAUGUUAUGAUUCAAUUAUUGAAAGAAUUUUAUCCAAAGGUUUACAGCGACUUUGUAUAUAAAGAACAGCUAAAAGGAAAGUACAAUAUUUUAUAUAAAGAAUUAAAAGACUCAUGUGAUUUAAUUUACCAUUUUAUUGCCAUCAUAUGUCUAUUCAUUUCGCAGAAGUACUACAAUUACAGAUUAAUCUCCAUCGAUCUGAUAGCUAAAACAUAUUGUAAGAGUCACUUAGAAGGUCUACGUAAAGUAUAUUCUAGAAAUAAUGAACUCAUAAAGGAUGCCUCACCUGAUUACUACUCAGCAACACAUUUACUGGACAGUCUACUUAAAGCUAAUGAAAAUAUAAACUUUUUAAAAUUAAAAAAUGAUUAUAAUGCUACAGAGGGAGAAAUCCUUCUUCGAAUUGCUAGUAUUGAUAAUAUUUUUUUGAAGUAUAAAUCUUCUACUCUUUCUAUGGCUAUUUACGAGAUUUUAAAUUUUAAUAUUUGUAAGGACAAGAUGCAGAAGGAGUUGUUUCACUUCACCAACUUUAGGGACGACUUCUGCCUCUCGCCUCCGGCCCCCGACGGCGCAAGGGGUGCAAGGGGUGUAAGCGGUGCUAAGGAGGCUAAUGCUGCCAACCAGGCUAACCAGGCUAAUGCUGCCAACCAGGCUAACGCCGCUAACCCCGCCAACGCCGCCAACCCCGCUAACGCCGCCAACCCCGCUAACGCCGCGAACCACGCCAACUUUUCCGACUGCAAGAGGCGCCGGCAGGCGCAGAGCGAAGCGGCCGAGAAGAAAAAGAAGGACGAGCUCAAGCUCCUCAAGCGACAGGCCAGGAGCCUGGUCAUCGCGGAGGAGGAGGACCGAUUCAUCACCGCCUCCAGUUAUAUUAACCACAAGGCGCUGCUGUACCAGCUGGUCAAGCGCACCCUCAUCUGCGUCUGCUCCGCCAUCAAGAAGAAAGUCCCCAGGUACUACUACGACUCGGACUUGGACCGAACCGACAGGCUCAAGGGAUACAUAAGGAGCUUCCACAACGGAAAGCGCGCCUACCUGGACAGGCUCAGGGCGAAGCGGGAAGCAGCAAGGGGGGGGGCGGCAAAGGGGAGCGCGGCAAAGGGGGGAGCGGCAAAGGGGGGGGCUAAAGCGGACCCCUCCAACGGCGAGGCUCCAGACAAAAAGCGAAAGCGCGCGGAGGUGGCGGGGCUCAAAGCCGCCGACGACGAGCGGAAAGACCAAGACAAAUUCCAAGACAUCCCGAUUCAUUACUGCACACCCUAUGUGCUGCAGGGGGAGGAAAUCAAAAUUUAUAUAAAAAAAGACGACGAAGGGGUGGGGGAUGGACAUGGCAGUGGCGCACAGAAUGGAGACACAGGGAGGAAAAACUCGCUAAGUGCCACAAAGGGAGGAAGCAAGAAGAGCAGUGACACACAAAGGAAGAACAAAAAAAAUUACAUCAUUGGGACAAGGACGAACUCGACCGAUGAGCAUCUCGUGUUUUACUAUAACUACCUAAGCAAGCUGAGGAGUAGGCUCGUCCAAGGGCUAAAGUAUUUCCUCCGUCGAAUUAAAAGAAUUAAAAGCAGACAUGUGUGUGUGUCGUUGGUGAACUUGGGUUACCUACUUAACAAGAAGGGGCUGCGAAAGAAACGCAAGAAGGAGAGAAAAAAAAAGAACAUCUCCCUUUACAAGCAGCUAACUAACGAAAUUAAAAUUUUUUUUAUGUGGCUGUACAAGCUGACGAACAUUGAGAUCCGCCCCCUGAUCCGCUUCGCCGACCUGAAGUAUAUCGCCGGCAUCAAGUGCUACGAGAGGAGCUACGCCAGGUACGUGGCCCGGGCGCUGGGGGGGGGAGCAAAGCGGGAAGGCGGAAACCGUGAAGGGGGAAAAACUGAAUUGGGAAAAGCUGAAUUGGGAAAAGCUGAAGGGGGAAACCAUGCAGCAGACAAACGGGGCGGGAACAAACAUGGUUCGGCCAAACGGGGAUCAUCCAAACAUAGGCGCAGAAGCGCCCUCGAGAAGAAGUACGCCCAGGAGGUCUCCCAGUUCGCGGAGGCGGAAAACAAAAAAUUCUACCCCUACCUAAAGCGCAGCAGCUCCAUGGCAAACCUCACCGGGGGCCACUGCACGGGGAAGAUCAACAAAAAGGGGACGGCAAGGAAAAACGGAAAAGAAACAAAAAUUAAAUGUUCCCAAAAAGAAGGUCUCGUCCAGAACAAAACCAAUUUUUAUGAACAAACUAGCCAAAAUGCGCAAAAUGAAGAGCACGAAAUGGCUAGCUGCAAAAAAAAAAAAAAAAAUGAGCAGGGCGACGAAGGUGACGACCAAGUAGAGUGCGACGUUGUGAACGAACUGGACAUGCAAAACACACGUGACGAUUUCCUCCUACGAAAAAAGGAAUACGAAUCUUUGGAGAAGGAAAAACCUUUUCUAGAAGAACAACUAGAAGGUAACACAGGCCAGGUGUUCUCCAUGCCCCAUCAGGAUAACGCAAACAAGAUUAGUAGCGACUGGAUCACCAUCAACGACCCCCAGGUGGACGAGUGCGCCAAGGAGUUAAUGGAAUGCUUCCUCAAGUGGAAAAACAAAAAUUACAUUUCCAAAAACUGGACCUUCAACGAGUACCCCAAUUGUAAAGAAUACUAUUUUUCGCUAGUCUUUGGUGAUCUCAAAUCGUCGGAAACGAUGAAGGGCAUCGUCGAGAUGAUGCACAUGAAGUAUAACCACCUCCUAAACAUCUACAAGGAGAUUAACGUGCAGGCGGACUGCGUGGAGUACGACUAA